AUGGAGAUUGUUCCUCUGCCAGAUGGCACUGAACAUAUUCUAUCACAUCGCAAAAGAAAUGGUUAUGAGGUUGAGGGAAAUGAUGACGAGUCUCUGAACGACUCUCUUCUGUCUAAUCAGUGUCUCUUCUGCACAACAGCCAGUUUAUGCCUUGGUGGUCAGGAUAUAUUUGCCACGGUCAGAGAGAACAGUCCCACUGGAGAGUUCAUAGCCAACCUCAGUAUAAACGGAGACCCUGCUGGAGCCAGCAGCAUCCGACUCUGUCUCACAGGUGAAAAUGCAGACUGGUUUUACCUUGAAGGCCGAACAAUCCGACUCAACUCUUCGUUUUCAAGGACCUUGGAUCGAGAGGUUUUGGGAUCCGUCCUAAUAGCUGCUUUGACAUGUUAUGAAAAUGAAAUUAUAAGGGGUCGAUAUCGAAUCAUGGUAGAGAUACUGAAUGAAAACGACAACAUGCCACAUUUCAUUGAAGACACCAUUCAACCACGAUAUAUAAGUGAGCUGCUGUCUGUGAACUCCAUGGUGUUCACAGUGAAAGCCAGAGAUGUUGAUGGAGACACCAUUACUUACAUGAUCGACAAAUCUACAACUGAUGCCAGCUAUUUUAGGAUCGAUCUGCCUAACAGCGGGAUGGUGAUCCUGGAUAAACCGUUGGACUAUGAGACUAAAACUCAGCUGCAGGUGGUCAUCUAUGCUGUGGAAACGAGCACAAAAGAGAAGUACAGCACAACAGCCACCGUCACUGUGAACGUCCUAGAUGGCGAUGACCAGUAUCCACAGUUUCAACCAUGUGCACCUGUUUAUGAAGACGGAGAUCAUAAUAUUUGCACCAACCCUGUGUACAGUGUCAACAUCACUGAGACGGAUGAGGAUGCUGUGCUUUAUUUUUCUCCGGGUCCCAUUCUUGCUGAAGACGGAGACAAAAACAUACUGACCCCUCUAGUCUACAGCAUUCUGUCAGGUGAUGAUAAUGGCAGAUUUACAAUCGACUCGAAAACAGGAGAGAUCACUCUGAGGCACCGUGUAGAAAACAGACUCCUCACCCCUUCAUUCAGGCUCAGAAUAAUGGCUGCGCAGGUUAAUGACCCAAAGAAAUAUUCGGUGGUGACGGCACUGAUACAUGUGGUGUCAGAUAACAGAUUUCCUCCAUUCUUCAACAAGACCGUCUACAAAGGGUUUCUCAUUGAGAGCUCCAGUCCUGCUACACUGGUCACUACCUACGGGAACCAAGUCCUACUGGUCCAGGCCAUCGAUAGAGACUUUAGAGAUGGAAUAAAUCCUAAAAUACGUUAUACAAUGCAGCCCUUGACGGGUAGCAGUAAACUGUAUCACAUUACCCAGGACGGCAUUGUGAUUGCUAAGACAGAUCGACUUAGAGCAUUUGACCGACACAUCCUAGAGGUUAUUGCAAAAGAUGAAGAGUCAGGUGAGGCAGCCCAUGCUUCGGUAGACAUUGAAGUUUUACAGAGAGGACAACCAGAUGUGAAGGAAAAUAAUUUUUUACCAUAUGGCAACACUGUACCAUAG